UCGACAGAAUGUUGUCAUCUAUCCCCACUGCAAGAACGCUCACCAAUUCCUUCGCGUCUUUCUUCCAUCGGAAUCCACCAAUUCUUACUCCAAUUCAUCAAAGGGUUUCCGUUACUUUUUGUUCCGGAGCCCUAGAUUUUGACGACGAACCACAAGGAGAAGAAGAUGUCUUUUCUGGCGGCCGACGACGAACGAAUUACACCGGUGUUCGGCUCGAAGAGAGCGUUGAAGAACUUAAAUCGGGAAAGAUUAGGCUUGAUACUUGGAUUUCUACUCGAAUAAACGGCAUUAGUAGAGCUAGGGUUCAAUCAAGCAUUCGAUCAGGACUCGUCUCCGUCAAUAAUCGUGUUACUGUUAAGGCCUCACACAUGGUAAGACAUGGUGAUAAGGUUGAAUGCACGAUAUCGGAGUUGCAACCCUUAAAGGCUGAAGGAGAGGAUAUAGCUUUAGAUAUUGUUUAUGAAGAUGAACAUGUAUUGGUUGUUAAUAAGCCUGCACACAUGGUUGUUCAUCCAGCACCUGGAAACACUACUGGAACACUAGUAAACGGCAUUCUUCAUCAUUGCAGUCUCCCGACACCUUCAUUCCAAGAUCAGGAAUUACUAUCAGAUUCUGAUGAUUUGGAUGACAUUGAGCUAGAUGAACCCUUCAUAAAUCAGACUGACUCAAAGGAUUUCAGUUUCGGUACUAAUGAAACAUCUGUUCGUCCUGGGAUUGUGCAUAGAUUAGAUAAAGGCACAAGUGGAUUGCUUGUUGUUGCAAAGGAUGAGCAUUCGCACGCUCAUUUAUCUCAACAAUUCAAGCAACACACCAUCCAGAGGAUAUACGUCAGUCUCACUUGUGGAGUUCCUUCUCCAGCUUCGGGUCGUGUUGAUAUCCCAAUUGGCCGUGAUUUGACAAAUCGGAUUCGUAUGGUUGCUGAUACGGGACCGACCAAAUGUGGAAAAUCUCGCUAUGCUGCUAGUAGGUACAGAGUAGUCGAGAUACUUGCUGGUGGUGGAUCGGCAUUGGUUGAGUGGAAGUUAGAGACGGGCCGCACCCAUCAGAUUCGAGCACAUGCAAAGUACCUGGGCAUACCUUUAAUGGGAGACGAGGUGUAUGGAGGUACUAAAAACAUGGCCCUGGCUCGGCUGCACCCCAAGAACCCGUCAAGCUUACACGGUCAGCUUUCACAGAUUGUCUCGAAACUCGACAGACCUUGUCUCCAUGCGUUGACUCUUGGAUUUACGCAUCCUUGCACCGGAGAGAAAAUGCAAUUUUCAUGCUUGCCUCCUGUAGAUUUUGCUGAACUUUUGACGGGACUUCGUAAUAUAAGCACGUAGAAGACCAGAGGGAUCCGAUAAAGUUUUGGUCAUCCAUUUUCGGCAUUCCGCUCUAGAUCUUGUUUCUUAUGAAUCGAAAGCGAAACAGCACAUAUGGUAUACUGUUCAACUUCAUGAGGAAGGCAAGAAAAGGACUGUUAGUUGAUGGCUGCAUUGAAUUUGUGGGUUAGAGGUGUUAAUAAUGGCAGACUGCAAUCUGCAUUGCUUGUUCAGGUAUCAAGCCUGCUUCUUCAUUGUUUACUGACAACACUAUGCAUGCAUUGCAUAUUUUUUCUAGAUUUGACAUCUAAUCUUUAUGAUUCAUUUAGGAAAAAAAAACAUGUAUCAACACACUAACCGAGUAAGAGCAUUGUUCGGGUAAGCGA